AAGCAUAAGGGACCUAUAUUCAAUGAUUGAACACUACCAUAUUCACAAUAAAUGACCUAUUAAGAUACCUGUAUCUUCUAUGUUAAAAAACAAAAGAAAUACAAAAACUAAACUAAACAAAGCAAAUAUUGUGGGUACAGGAAAAAUACACAAUUUGUCAAAGGAAUAAAAAUAGAAAAAGAGGAAAGUAGUGGCCAUUAACCAAAAGAUGACAAAAUCAGAACAAAGUUAGAAAUCAUAUUCCUUAAUCAAUAUAAUAAAGCACAUCAAAGAAAGAAAUCAUAAACAGUGAAUAAACAUGAAAUGGUGCCAUGUAAAAUAAACUACCAAACUUGGCAAAAACCUAACAUUGCCUGCCAAACAAACAAAAAAUAAGGAUUUCAAAAAUAUAGACCCCCAUCAGUUGUUUGGGUGUUCCAGGUAUAUAUCAUUAUCCUUAUUAUAUCAUAAUAGUAAUAACAUCACUUGUUAAUUCUUCCCUCCCACACCCCUAACUGCUCUCCGCAGAGUGUCCCCAGCCACCGGGUGACAGGAGUGAGUACCGACACCUGCACACCUAGCAAGCCGUUGAGCAACGUUCUAGGUUAACGUCUCUCCAAGGUAAUGCCCCUACAACCAUCCAACCCCCACUAACUACAACAUAAUAGCUCAGCCUACUUCCGCACCGACUUCCUCCCGCAGAUAACAAACUAGAUUAGCCACUGGAAGUAAAGGACUAAGGGAGAUAGAGAUGGAGGGAGCGGGACAGAGAUUGAGAGAGUGGGACAGAGAAACAGAGAGAGUGAUAACAGUUGCCAGAGAGAGCACAACUUUUUUAUCACCUAACUUUAAGCCCCUCCCACUGAGGUGUUGGUUAAAUGUUUUUAGAGGACAUCUCUGGUGGCACGUGUCCUUAAGAGUUAGCAUGACAGGGGAAAAGAAAAAAAUGGGAAUGAAAAAGAUAUAAAAGAGUUUGUAAAAGUGAUAGAGACUUCAUUCAGAGUUUGGAUAUUCUUUACAUCAACUAAGAAACAAUUUCACUUUAUCAAGAAUGGAUUCAACAUCACAAGUUCUGUUGCAGCUGCAUCCAACAUCGGUUAUUCUUCCAGCAAGGCACAGCGAUGAGAACUUCACUGUAAAUCUUUUUGACAUGAUCAGUAUUAAGACACCAGCUCUCCAGCCAGUGACCAAAGCUCAUGGGAGUAUGGCCCCAAUCCUCAUCCCUCUAAUGAUUAUUGUAAGCAUCAUCAUCUACUACUGUCAAGAGUGGAUAGACUUCAACAUCAACAAGGUUCCCCUAGGUCCCACAUCACUUCCGUUCAUCGGCAAUGUCUUGCAAAUCAAAUCAAAGGCACUGCACCUCUCCCUUACAGACAUGGCUGCAAGGUUUGGCAACGUCUUCAGCAUUAAGUUGGGCCGUCAGCGUGUGGUGGUUCUCAACGACGCCCAGGCCGUCAAAACAGCUUACAACGGACCUUACUUCACCAACCGCCCAAGUGUCUUUUCAAUCGAGUUCUUUGUCAGUAAGGGAUUCAUGGCAUGCCAGAAGAAGCACGACUUCCGCAUUCACACCAAGCUCAUGAAGCAUGCCUUCCAGGCAGUCACCUACACCAGCCUCGGGGACAAACUGGUUGAAGAGGCACAAGAUCUCAUCAAGCAGUUUGAGUCCUACAACGGGAAUGCCUUUAACCCUCGGGAGGACAUCAACCUGGUGUCCCUCAACAUCCUGCACAACAUCGCCUUUGGGAAACGCUACCAGAAAGGCGAUGACGAACUCCAGGAGAUCUUCGACUACUCUGCCCGCAUCAUGAAGGGCGUGUCUCCAGUCCAUCCCGUCAAUCUGAUUCCUUGGCUUCAAAGGUACCCAAACCCCUGGAUGAAGGACUUGGCUGAUGCCAGGGACAAGAGGGACAACAUGCUGCUUAGGUUCUAUGAGGAACACAAAGAGACAUACCAAGAAGGAGAGAUCCGUGACAUGGUGGAUGCUCUCAUCAAGGUCUCACAAGAUGCAGAGGAAGCCGGUGACAUGGAAACCUUGAGGCUCCUUUCACCGCUUCACAUCAUCACCAACAUCUGGACAAUCUUCUUUGCAGGAACGGACACGAUCAACAAUGCCUUACUCUGGGUCCUCCUCUACAUGGCCAUGUUCCCUGAAGUUCAGAGGCGAGUUCAAGAAGAAAUUGAUCGAGUUAUUGGUGACAGGACACCGUGUCUGGAAGACGAGCAGGCGCUCCCAUAUCUAUGCGCUACCUUCUACGAGACCCUCCGUUUCAGCUGUCUGUCUCUGCUCGGCGUUCCUCAUGCUGCUGUGUGUGAUACAACCCUCAAUGGCUACCACAUUCCUGCUGGUACACAAGUUUUGGCCAACUUCUGGGCAAUCAAUCACAACAAAACUACCUGGGAAAACCCGGAACAAUUCCGCCCCGAGCGUUUCCUCGACGACAACGGCCAGCUACGCAACAUGAAGGACUUUCCUCACUUCAUGCCUUUCUCCACGGGCAGGAGAGCCUGCCUGGGAAAGAACAUCGGCAAGUCCGAGAUCAUCAUCCUCUCUGCUUGCCUGCUGCAGCAACUGAACAUUGCGGUGCCCAGUGGUGAGGGGGCCCAACAGCCCACCCUUGAACCGGAGGUCCACUUUGACUUGGUGCCCAAGCAGUACAACAUUGAGGUCACACGGCGUGACAGCGCACCCUCAUUAUGAAGAUACAUGUGACGAAAUGACAUUAUAAAAAUGGACAGAGGAAAAUCAAUGAUCUCUCAACAUUGACUAUACUCUCGUAAUCCACGUCAUGCAGGAAAUUCACACAAUUUUGUCAUGGAAAAGUAACUACUGCUCAAUCUAUUUCAGAAGUAUGUAUUCAAGUACUGUACAAGAUGCAACCAAGCAAACCACUACAAGGGUUUCACUGCCUAUUUAAAACAUGUAUCUGAACUGUAUUUGCUAUGCAUUCUUUUUAAAUAUCGCAAGUGCUGAUUACGCACACAAAUUAACUUCAUUUCAUAUCUUCAAGUGAAAUUUGUGCUUCAAAGUGAUAAAUAUCACAUAUUUAAUCUAUUUAUUGCUAUUAUUACAUAAUGUUAGUGAAAUAUCUGUAUAUCUUGCCUUGCAAUAUAUAUUGUACUACCUGUAUAUACUGUAAAAAUGUACAGAAUGAAUGUAUAUAUAUCAAAUUAUUUUAUCUGUAUGUCGCUACAUACAUUAUAUGCAACAAAAGGAAAAGGGGCUGUAAACGAAAGUACAGCUCAGUAAUUGCAUAAAAGUUAAUAAUUUGUUUAUAGUUGAUAAAUGUACCUAUACUACAAUGGCUGCAUAUAUAUGUAUGAAUCAAUGCACUAAAGAACAAGUCAAUAAUGCAGCUGAAAAGAGAAAGCUUAAGAAAAGCAAAAUGCUGAAAAAGGGUCACUUUUUUGGAGUCACUUCAUCUUUUUUUAAGUAUUCUACUUUGAAAUCUUGCUGCACUGUAUAUAGCAUUUGAAUUUUAUAUUUAAAGUGAUCUCAUUAACCCUAACUUGAUAGCAUAAUUAUGUUUGAUUUUAAAAUGGAAAAUGUUGAUGAACCAAUAUGGGACACAUCCCUGGACUUCAAAUUUCACUGAUCCAUUGUAUUUUUUUUACAAGAGGAAAUUCUGCUUUUAGGUAAAUCCUCCCACCCCCCCAACAAAAAACAAUAAAAAUAAUGAUAAUAAAAGUAUCAACAUGCUGAAUAAGUUAUUAUAAAUUACAUUGUAAAUCGUGACAACUGCUACAAUAAGCACAAUUAAAGGCCAAGCCUUUCUAUAAAUUUGUAUAUUAAUUUGAUGAAGAUUUAUAGAACGGAUUUGAAGGUGAUUAAAUAUUAUGUGCAAGUACUUCCAGAAAAAAAAACUAUUGUCAGCUAUCAUCAAGCACACAAUACAAAUACCACAAAGGUAUGCUUUGAAAACAAUUACAAUCAUUUAAGGAAAACACAAGAUAAGAAAUGUCAAAGUAACCAGAUGCACAAGUACAUGAGCAUAUGCAGUGUUGAAUUCUCUAUCUAAAAAAAAUCAAUGUCUCAAACAAUGCACAUGCCAUCAACAACACGAUCUCAAAAGGUGUGUUCACAGUCACAAAAAUGAACGCUUUAGGAACAUUCACGAACAGGUUAGAACACGAACCCUGUGUUCACAUUGAGGAUACAAGAAUAUGCUAUAAUUUGUCAUCCAGUUUAACACAUACACAGAGUGCAUCAUUGUAAUUUCAGGAAUAUAUUCUUUGCAACAGAAAUUAUUUGCUAGAGGAGGAAAGUGGAUUGGGAUAACAAACUGAAAAAGCGGGUUUCUAGGAUUUUUUUAUCUCUUUUUUUAAUUUUGCUGACAAAACUAUUUCUACUGCAUUACAUGUCAAAUACAAUCGUCAAUGGCCAUUAAUCGUUUUUCGGUGAAACAUACCACUGCAUUGUUUAGGGAGAGGAAUAUGAAGAAACAAAAGAAAACAACACAAAUUUUCUUGUAGAAAUGAGCAACAGCGCAUGCACAAAUGCACUUUGGGAUGUCUACAUUCAGCUGCGGACAUACAAGGGUUUGAGUUUGUGGGCGUCUUUUGACGAGGCUAUGCACGCGGGGAAUUUCGGUACCUGUUUGCUUGUUGACGAUCCUGCAGUUGACGAGCUUGAUGAUGUUGUUGUGGCAGUUUUAGUGUUCUCCUUUAGGGGUCAAGAUGACAAAGAGUAAUAGGAAGAAAUCAUAGAGUUUUAAAUGUGCCUAACUGAAUAUAAUGUUCUCAAUAUGUGGAACUCAAAAGACAUAAUCUACAUCUUUCUGAGUUCAGAUCUGGUUGAAAGAACAUAAUAUUUUUUUUAUGUAAAAUGACAUUCCGGCUGAAAUAACAAAGUAAGAUGCAUUAAAUCAUAUGAUCAUGCAAUUACUCUGUGCUUAUAUACAUGUAAUAAUAAAUUAUGUGAAAUUG